AUGCCGCAUACAGGCCAAACUGGUGUCAAUCAGUUGGGAGGUGUCUUCGUAAAUGGUCGGCCUCUUCCGGAUCAUGUUCGCAGACGGAUCGUGGAGUUGGCACUUCUUGGCGUCAGACCAUGUGACAUUUCUCGUCAACUUCUCGUCUCUCAUGGGUGUGUCAGCAAAAUACUGACGAGAUUCUACGAGACGGGUUCCAUCAAGCCUGGUGCCAUUGGUGGAAGUAAACCAAAACGGGUUUGUCCAUCUGCCUCACGAAAACUCCCAGACAUCAAAAACGAGAUGCCAAGUCAUCUGCCGUGCUGGGAUCAAGAUCCGCUCCUGUCACGUGGUGCUAUUGGUGACGUCAUAACCAAUCAGAGCCUUAUGUCUCUACAUCGGAUAGCUUCAAUGAGAGAGGACCAUUCUUUAGAUGGCGGAAGUCAGGAAAAUGAUGAACGGAGGCGCGUAGACGACACAGAAGAUGAUGAAAUCGAUGUUGAUAAAGUUGACAAUGAUUCGCCGUCACCCGCUUCAACACCGGACAACCGUAAGUCACCAGAAACUAAGAUGGCCGAAAACACGUUCAUUCCCGGUAAUGAAAGCUCUUCAAAAAAGCGGGUGUUGGAAGACAGAAAAAACGAUCAACAAACCAGAAAGAAAUCAAGGUCUCCGAGCGAAACCACGCGACCACCUCCAACGACGGCCACGCCUUCGGACCGUUUCAGCUCCACUCUUCCGAGUUUGACUUCACACCUUGACUUCUCAACAUCACCAACUUCUUCAACAAGCAGUUCGUUCACAAACAUUUUCCCGCUCAAUUUGAACUUGUCCACUGCGUCGUCCCGUGUGGAUAAAAAAGACAACCCGUUUCUGAGACACACACCGGCUUUAAAUCGGUCCUGGACAUUCCCCAGUUGCCAUGGUAGCAGUUGUCAGCUCCCUGCGUGCCAAACUCUACUUUUGCCUCAUUUUCACCCCUACCCUCCUCUCGCCACGCCAUGUUUGAUGCCAAGUAUGAGCAUGCGCAUCCCAUCACGACCGUUCUUCUUUGGUUAUCCGUUGGGUGUGGAGCGUCAUCCUUUGCUGGAAGAAUCAAAACGAACUUGAUGAAGAAACUAUGUCCAGCGAAUUCGGCUCAGGAUCAUGAAUGAUAGUAACCUUGAACUUUAUAUCAGGGUAAAGAAUGACUGUAUUUACAAUCGGAAAACUCAUUAUGGGGUCUGGAUUGGGAAAACCGAUUACAAGAUAAGGGUUUGGAAGAUCGAGAGGAUAUUUGAAUGUGUCCUCACAGUAACGGGAUGUCAUCCAGGACAUUAGUCACAACAACCAUGCAUUUUAACCUGUCGCUGAACUAAGUGUAGGACAAUCUUUGCAGGGAGGACGUGUUCCUGUUUCACUGGUGUAACGUUUCUGGAUGAUCCCCAUAUUUCAAUGUUUCCUCACAAUAGACAGUUAGAGCCAGUCAGA